GACCAUAAAAGGCGGGGCCCGAGGCGGCGGGAGCCGGAGGGUGCUUGCGGGCGGCAGCCUGACAGCCGAGGGCCCGGCUGGUCCGCAGGGAGCGAGCCGGGCGGGAGCGGAGGCCCCGCACCGAUCUCCUCGCCCCACCCGCAGCCGUGCCGAGCCCGCAACUCCCGCCGUCGCCGCAGGGCCACGCCUCGCUGCACGUGCCGCCCGCUCCGUCUGUCCGUCCGCCGAGAUGAGCGAGGUGCUUUGCCAAGACAAUACUGACAAACUCCUUCAGAGUGAGGAGUUUACAGAUCAUCUUUAUGAUGCAAAGCUCAACACCCCGACGUCCCCAGCAGCCAGCCAGGCCCCCGGCCCCGAGAAGGGGGAAGCUGGCAACACCAAGAAGGCUGAGGGGGAGGAGGAGGAGGAGGUGGACAUUGACCUGUCAGCGCCAGAGACGGAGAAAGCUGCCCUGGCCAUUCAGGGCAAGUUCCGCCGAUUCCAGAAGAGGAAAAAGGACCCCAGCUCCUGAAUGCCAGCCUCGCCCUCCCCAGCCCACACUCCACAGCGCUGACUUCCAUGUACCUUUGUCUCCCUGUCCCUCUAUCCCAGGGUGGGGAAUAUCUGGCCCUCGGGCUGUAUGAGGUCCACAAAAUCAUUUAUUUGGUCUGGCCAAGGCCUCAGGGGCGAGUCAAAUGUUUGACCAAAUA